UGCGUUCUCGUCUACCGUCCCAGGAAGACGCGGAGGGGAGCCGCAGCGCAUGCGCGGAGGGGCGCGGCCCGCGCCGGGCGGGAGGACUUAAGCCCUGGGCGGGGCUGGGCGCGCGGGAGAUUUGAACUUUCUCUCUGCCGUCUGUGCCCGCGCGGAGGUUAACUUACCCUGCAGUCUCCUCAGCGGGCCCGCAGCUAGGUGGGCCACAGUGCUGGCUCGGCGAUGGUGGAAGGACCAGGCUGUACUCUGAAUGGAGAGAAAAUUCGGACGCGGGUGCUCCCGGGCCAGGCGGUGACCGAGGUACGGGGUACCGCUCUGCCCAGCCUGCAGGGUGCGGCGUUGCCCCUCGCAGCCUCCGCAGCUGUGGUCUCUUCCCAGGAUUCUGCAUUGAAUGAUAAUAAUUAUUACAUCCAGAAUGUCUCAAGACAAUUCCAUGGAUAUGUUUAUAGUGGUGUGGAAACUUUGGGGAAGGAGCUCUUCCUGUACUUUGGGCCAAAAGCUGUACGGAUUCAUUUUGGAAUGAAGGGUUUCAUCAAGAUCAAUCCACUUGAGUAUAAAAACAAAAAUGGAGUUCCUCCUGUUUUUGAAGUGCAGCUCACCAAAGAUUUGAUUUGUUUCUUUGACUCAUCAGUAGAACUCAGAAACUCAAUGGAAAGCCAACAGAGAAUAAGAAUGAUGGAAGAAUUAGAUGUGUGUUCACCAAAGUUUAGUUUCUCAAGAGCAGAAACUGAAAUAAUAAAGCAGAAAGGUCGAAUGCUAUGUGAUGUGCUACUGGAUCAAAAAGUGUUGCCUGGAGUAGGGAACAUCAUCAAAAAUGAAGCUCUCUUUGACAGUGGUGUCCACCCAGCUGUUAAGGUUUGUCAGUUAACAGAUAAACAGACCCAUCACCUUGUGAAAAUGGUACGCGAUUUCAGCAUUCUGUUUUACAAGUGUCUCAAGACAGGAUUGGCCAUCUCAAAACACUAUAAGGUUUACAAGCGUCAUAAUUGUGGUCAGUGUCACUGCAAAAUAACUGUGUGUCGCUUAGGGGAGAAUAAUAGAAUGACAUAUUUCUGUCCUCAUUGUCAAAAAGAAAAUCCUCAACUUAUUGACAUAUGCAAGCUGCCAACUAGAAAUACUGUCGUUGGUUGGAAAUCUAGCAGAGAGGAUCAUCUUAUGGACUCUGUGGCUCAGAAAUCUGAAGAGCAAUGGGUCUGUGUCGCCUGCACACUGAUAAAUAAGCCCUCUUCUAAAGCAUGUGAUGCUUGCUUGACCUCAAGGCCUGUUGAUUCACUGUUCAAGAAUGAAGAAAACUCUGUUGCCUUUAACAGUUUAGUGAAGUACCCUUGUAAUAGCUUUGGAAAGCCACAUACAGAACUGAAGAUCAACAGGAAAACUGCAUUUGGAACUACAACCCUUGUCUUGACUGAUCUUAGCAAUAAAUCCAGUACUUUGGAAAGAACAAAAAGCCCAAACCAGAUACUAGAUGGGGAAUUUCAAAACUUGCCUUCUACUAACAUUUCUCUUAGUGAGGCACAGUACCCCUCUAAGGAGAGAACAAACUAUGUAGCUCAACCCUCUAACAAAGUAAAGAUAGCACCUACAGUCUUCUCUCAAUCUAAAUUAUUCAGUCCUGCACAUAAAAAAUUGAAAACAACCCACUACUCAUCAUUAGACCUCCAAAGUUGCAAGCCUGGAUUUUCUAACAGUGAACUUCAGAUUAAUAUGACAGAUGGUCCUUGUACCUUAAAUGCUGGCAGUCCUCGAUGCAGUAAACACAACCGCCUCUGCAUUCUCCGAGUUGUGAGGAAGGACGGUGAAAACAAGGGAAGGCAGUUUUAUGCUUGUCCUCUACCUGGAGAAGCACAAUGUGGCUUUUUUGAAUGGGCUGAUUUGUCCUUCCCACUCUGCAACCACGGCAAGCGCUCCAUUAUGAGAACGGUGUUGAAGAUUGGGCCUAAUAAUGGAAGGAAUUUCUUUGUGUGCCCUCUUGGGAAGGAAAAACAGUGCGAUUUUUUCCAGUGGGCAGAAAACAGGCCAGGGAAUUAAUAUGAUUCCAGGUUGCUAAUAUUUUCUCCAUCUAUAGCAUAUCUGGCAUUUGAUCUCUUUAGACUUUUUAUAAUGUCUAUUCCCCUUUCUUUAACUGAAAGAUGCAGAAUACCUGUUAUAUUCAAAGUUAUUGCAGCAUUUGAAAACUCAAUUUAUUCUUUUUGUAUGUGUUUUGUUUAACCUUAAUAAAUGCUUAUUUUAUCAGAUGUACAGCA